UUAUUUUUUUUUAAACUGAAAUACACACAAUGACAAAUGUAUAAGCUAUGUGAUUCAAUUAAUGUAAUACACAAUAUGUAAAUAUUAGCUUCACACAAAUAUACAGUACUAUCAUCAAACAAAUACUUCUGAGUGUUUAAACUAUUUCGAUGGUGGAAAUAUACGAUUGGCAGACAUUUUAAGUCCUCAAAACAUCCAUUGAAACAGUGCACAAAAAUAGUUUUUCAUAUUAGUAUCAAACUUAACCACUUUCCACCUUAAUAUUGAGUUACAUAAACAAGUUAAACAGUUUACUUACAGACUUAUCUUUUCCAAGGCUUGUAAGAGCUAACACAACUUGUCUACUUCUCAAUUGUCUCAACCCGGAAGUGCCCAAACUAAUGACGCAUAGUAUUUUCAUAUGGCCACAAGGUGUCAGUAAGAGUCUACAAUCAAACUAAUGACGCGUAGUAUUUUCAUAUGGCCACAAGGUGUCAGUAAGAGUCUACAAUCAAACUAAAGACGCGUAGUAUUUUCGUAUGGCCACAAGGUGUCAGUAAGAGUCUACAAUCAAACUAAUGACGCGUAGUAUUUUCAUAUGGCCACAAGGUGUCAGUAAGAGUCUACAAUCAAAUGGGCAUAACAUUGCAGGUCCCACAGGCCAUUUCCUGUACGUGGGAAGGGAUUCGUUCCCAGGGAUUCGAAUAAAGAACCAACUCUUUUUCUUUACUAGAGUGGCCUCGAUAACGGGAACCGGUUCUCAAAAAGGGAUUCGAGUCCAUGGAAUUGGUUCUUUUCUUAUCGAACAACCGGGAGAACCAAUUUCGAACAUCAUCCCUAAUGACACAGUACAUAGAAAGACAAGGGACAAAGGGAUUGCAUUCUGCAAUUAGGUUGGGAAUAAUAAUCAAUUAGUCAAUUAAGACUGUAGUCAAUGUGGAACUGAUUGUUAAUUAACGGCGUCUUGAAACAAACGCUGAAGAAUGGGGUACACCACAUGGCUGCUCUAGUCUAGUUUGGUGUCAACAAACAUAAAACAGAAUAAGUAAAGUUGAGCUACGUACAUCCCUAGAUUGACAUAAAAAACAAUAAUUAUCCUUAAUUUCAACUGUUGUCUACCAAGGAAAUGGAGUGAAAUUCCCAUGGCUAUUCAGGUUUAGUUUUUGUUAUGUUUUGUGGAAAAGAUUACAGGCUUUUAGGCUUGAUAUGUAUACCUUUAUAUUGAAAGUUUAUUUCUGAGGUUGGUAAUGCAUGUAUUUAUUAGUUUAUUUGAUAGAGACAACUACAUCCAUUUCACAUGGCAUAUACAGUGCAUCCGGAAAGUACUUCCACAUUUUGUUAUUUGUUACAUCCUUAUAACAAAAGGAAUUAAAUUCCUUUUUGUUCCCCAAAUUGUACACACAAUACCCCACAAUGACAAUGUGAGAUACUUUUAGUUUUUUAGAAAUGUUUGCCAAUAUUUAGAAAAACAAUACCAAAGAAAUCACAGGUACGUAAGUAUUCACAGCCUUUGCCAUGAAGCCCAAAAGUGGCCCCUGGGGCAUCCUUUUUCAACUAAUCAUCCUUGAGAUGUUCCUACAGCUUAUUUGGAGUGCACCUGUGGUAAAUUCAGUUGGCUGGACAUGAUUUGGAAAGGCCCACACCUGUCGAUAUAUAAGCUCCCACAUUUGACAGUGCGUGGCACAGUACAAACCAAGAAUGAAGUAAUUGUCUGUUGACCUUCAAGACAAUAUUGGGGAAGAUCUGUGGAAAGGUACAGAAAAAUAUCUGCUGCCUUGAAGGUCCCAAUGAGCACAGUGGCCUCCAUCAUCCGUAAAUGGAGCAAGUUUGGAACCAUCAGGACUUUUCCUCCAGCUGGUCAACCAGCGAUCAGGAGAGAAGAGCCCUAGUCAGGGAGGUGACCAAGAACCCGAUGGUCACUCUGUCAGAGCUACAUCAUUCCUCUGUGGAGAGAGGAGAACCUUCCAGAAGGACAACCAUUUCUGCAGCAAACCACCAGUCGGGCCUGUAUGGUAAGGUGCCCAGUAUGGUAAGGUGCCCAGACGGAAACCAUUCAUUCAUUAAAAAAGCUUGCCAAAAUGCAUCCAAAAGACUCUCAGACCAUGAGAAACAUUUCUCUGGUCUAAUGAGACAAAGAUUGAACUUUUUGGUGUGAAUGCCAGGCAUCAUGUUUGGAGGAAACCAGACACCGCUCAUCACCAGGCCAAUACCAUCCCUACAGUAAGCCUUGGUGGUGGCAGCAUCACGGUGCGGGGAUGGUUUUCAGCGGCAGGAACUGGGAGACUAUGAAUGCAGCAAUGUAUAGAGACAUCCUAAAUGAAAAGCUGCUCGAGAGCGCUCUUUAACUCAGACUGGGGAAACAGGACAACGACCCUAAGCACACAGCCAAGAUAUCAAAGGAAUGACUUCAGGACAAGUCUGUAAAUGUCCUUGAUAGGCCCAGCCAGAACCCAGCCGGAGCCCAGCCAGAACCCAGCCGGAGCCCAGCCAGAACCCAGCCAGAGCCCAGCCGAAGCCCAGACUUGAAUCCCAUUGAACAUCUCUGAAAAGAUCUGAAAAUGGCUGUGCACCGAUGCUUGGAGCUUGAGAGGUGCUGCAAAGAGGAAUGGGCAAAGAUAGGUGUGUCAAGCUUAUGGCAUCUUAUUCAAAAAGACUUGCUGUUAAAGGUGCAUCAACAAAGUGUUGAGCAAAGGCUGUGAAUUUUUACAGUAUGUACAAUAUUUAUUUGUUUUUUAUUUUUAAUACAUUUACACACACAAAAGAAUGUAUUCCAUUUUGGAAUAAGGCUGUAACAGAACAAAAUGUGGAAAAAGUGAAGCGCUGUGAAUACUUUUCGGAUUAACUGUAUUCUAGCACUUGUAGCCAAAGCUCAUUUGCAAUGGUCGUCCCAAGAAGAGAGAAAUAAAAACAACACUUACUCAUAAACAAUAAAGCAGUUAAACUACACUCAAGAAGGGCAUAAAAUAUAUCGGAGUGAAUAUUUAAUGGUCACGUGACUAACUUCCUUUGAAAUGACAUUUUGGUUUUAUAUCCAAAGUGACCUUGGUGUGAGUUCAGGACUCAAGGAGUUGCACAGGUUAGAACCACGGACAGAAAAGGCUGGCUGUCCAAAAUAUGUUUUUCUCAGGUGCACUUUAACGUUUCCACUGUACUGUACUGUACCACAAGCUUGCUGAGAGCGGAAGGGUCUUGCUUGUAGUAGUUGUAGUUUUAAAACAAUAUUUAAGACUAAAAACAUGUCAUGUCUGCAGAACCAGCCAAUGGUGUGUUGAAAUAGGUUUCCUUUUGACAAUCUGCAGUGUUUGGUUGUAAAUCAUUCUCAACAAUUUGACUGUUGUGGAUGUCCCCUGUGACCAGGAUGUUAAACAAUAACUGAUGACAAUAUAAGAUGCACAUUGGGGAUAUUCUAUAGUUUCCCAGAAGACAUGCUGACUACUGGUCAAGAGGGGAAGUUUGCAAAUCAUAGUAGGCAGGAUUAAAACUGUCAUGCGGAGUUUCUGUUACCAACAUAUAAAUGGAAAACCCAGCGGCCCUCGAGUGUUUUUCUCCAGCAAACUUCAAGAUGCAUUCCUCCAUAGGAAGUAUUUUUCUUCUGCUUUGCUGCUUUGAUGGUCUGGUCCUCGGUGAGCUCCACCAGGACUUUUCCGAGUGCCUCGAUUUCUUCUAUAAGGGAACACCACCGCAGGGUAUCGACUCAGUGGGAUACCAACCAAUAUGUCAGCGCUUUAACAACCAGUACCGCUUUGCCAGCAUGUACCACCGUCAGAGUCGUGCACCUUUGUAUUCUGCGUACAUUAUCAGCUCGGCAAAUGGGAAACGGCCAAAAUCAACAUGGAUGUAUGAACCACAGUUGGCAUUCUCCCGUGCAAGCCCCGAAAUGAAACCAUUCAAUUCCACAGUGGAUCAGAAUGUGAUGGAGAGUCAAGCAGCGCCUCAGGAUUACACUCAUUCCAACUACACCAGAGGCCAUCUCACUCCCAGCAUGCACCACAAUACCAAAGACGACCGCGCCGCCACAUUCACCCUGACCAACAUUGUUCCUCAGCGGAAUGGUUCCAACUCUGGUCCCUGGAGAUCCCUGGAGGAGGAAGUGAAGAGAAAGUUUGAGAGGUUCUGUGAGGGUCCAAUGUACGUGAUCACAGGGGCCAUGCCUUAUGCAGACGGAGCUCACUGGAUCAAUAACAGAGUGUCGGUUCCCGAGUACAUGUGGUCCGCCUACUGCUGCCCCUCCUAUAAGGCCAAGCUUCCCCGGGAUGUGCGGCCCACCUUCCCUGCGUACGCAGCUGUGGGCAGGAAUGAUGGUGACAGCGGAGAGGAGUUUGUGCCAGUUAACCCCAAAGCCAGGGCCUCAGUGCGUGGAUACGAUGUGAGGAAGAUGCCUCUGGACAUCCUGGAGGGGAUUCUGGCACAAAGGCUAGCCAUGCCCAUUAGUUUGUUUGAUGGCCGGUGUCAGUAACUGUCACCACUCUCAUCAAGUCUGUUAUCUUUAAACACUUCAUUUAAUCAACAAUCAUUUUGUCUGUAUCA